CUACAAUUAAAACUACUGCUAUGGAGGAUCCUUCAUGGAGGAGAGCUUCGCAAACUACAGCGAAAAAGGAAAAAGGACAGUUGAGACAAGUUGUCUUUGUGUUGGAUUGUGUUUGUCUGUCUGCUCCAAAAGGUUGCUUCUAGUUUUGUUGCUUAGAGUCCUCCAAUUGCUCUCUCUCCUCUCCUCCCGAAAAGUAGCUUCGUUUAGCCUCUAUGUGAGUCAGUUGUCGCCAAGAAGUCUUUUGACAUGUCACCAUGCUAUCCUAUUUCAACAUGAAUAGUAUCAUCCAGCUAGUACUUUGGAUGAUAUCCAUGAUAUGUGAUAGUCACCCUCCAAUUAGUCAUUUGGAUGGUGUCCAUCAUAUUUGGGAUGGUACCAUCCACUAUACGGUUGUGAUGGUAUCUAUGAUGUGGGAUGGUCACCAUCCACUUAGAGAUUGGACGAUGUCCACAAUGUGGGAUGGUAUCAUUCAUUUAGAGGUUGGAUGAUAUCAAUAAUAUGGAAUGGUCACCAUCCACUAAGAGGUUGAAUGGUGUCCGGUGUCCAUUAUAUGGGAUUGUACCAUCCAUUUAGAAGUUGGAUGGUAUCCAUAAUGUGGGAUGCUACCAUCCACUUUGAGGUUUGAUGGUUACCCUAGAACUGGACACAUGGUGACCAAGUACUGGAUGACCACCCAAGUAUUAUUUCAAUGGGGGAAAAUAUUUUGGUGUAACCAAAUGUCCCCCACAACUUAAUUCAUGAGAGAUUAUGGUGAUGGGGAACGAGUAGAUAUUGGUGCGGAUGGUUUAAUUCCAAAAGUGGAUCAGGGUGCCUCUCCUUUCCUUGCAUCACCUCCGAUAGGUGGGACUGAGAAGGUUGUCGCGCUCAUAAAUCCGGACGAGGGUACUUGGUGUCAAGACUGUUUGAAUGCUUGCUUCCAUCUUGAUUGGGUGCUGGUAAUUUCUGCAAUUCAUUUGCCUCGUUUGGCAAUUGCAUAUAGGAUGGUGUGGCAGUAUAACCCGUCGGGUAUUUACCCUAUCAAGUCAGAAUACUACCUGGCGUUUGGACGGAUUCGUACUUUGGGACGGGGGAAAGAAGAGACUAGUUGGAUGGAUUGUAAACUUUGUAAGGAUAUCUGGAAGCUGAAGAUUCAACCUAAGCUGCGAUUUUUUCUUUGGCAGAUUAGGAGUCGCAUUUUGCCAACGACGAAGGCUUUACUGGAGAAGGAGGUGGAAGUGUUGGGUCGUUGUCCGGUUUGCUAGGAGAAAAUGGAAACGAUGGAGCACAUCUUCCUUCAUUGUCUAGUGGCCCGGUCCUUAUGGGCAACGGCUGGUCUUCAAGAUCUAGUUGCCGAAGUGGAUACAUCUGAUCUUGCCAUUUUUUUGCGCUGGGUUCUGGAGCGUAUAUCCUAGCCGGAGGCGAGCAUAAGGUUGGUGGCAGUGCUAUGGCGGAUUUGGAAGGCCUGGAACUGGGUGGUGUUUGAUUUCAAACAAGUUAAUCUACAUGUGCUACAGUGGCAAAUGCAACACCAGAUUCUGGAGUGGCUUGGUACUCUCCCGCAGGCUUUUCCUGGGAGGAUGGCUCGUCAGGGGGGACAGGUGGUGGAGCCGCAGUUAGGUGCAGUGAUGGUUAUUAUCUGUGCUUUUGAUGGUGCCUUGCGUCGGGAGUCCCAUGCGGCUUAUGGAUUGGUCGUACAGGAUGAGAUGGGUGUGUCGGUGAUGGUUAAGCCUGGGCGCUUGGAAGGGGUUUACGAACCGGAGAUGGUGGAGUUGAUAGCUCUUCGUGAAGCAUAUCAUUGGUGUGUUGUGAAGGGCCUCAGUUUAGUGCAGAUACAAGGGAAUUCUAUAGAGAUUAUUGACAGGGUCAAUGCGCGGUGCAUGGCUAAUGCUCGAGGUGGCGCCCUUUAGCGAGAGGUCCAGGCAGGCUCUCAGACAUGAGUAUCCGGCAUGGUCCAGGAAACCGGAUCGUACCGGCCGAUUCAACCGGAAACCGGACAGAAAAUGAAAUGACAUGCAAUCUAUGGAAGAAAAAGCGUCUCGGACGAUUUUUUCGGUAUAAAAGGUCCAAUCCGGA